GUCCCGGUAGAUCCUAUGCGAAUACCCGUCAUCAUCUCUGUAGGUUAAAUCAUUGAAUGGACUACAUCAGUGUUUCGCUCACAUGUAAACAAUUCAAGUAUACGAAUAUGUGCGAGCUUGUUGAGUGAGGCAGAUCAUGCAAGAGUAAAUAUUACAAUCCUAAACUUUAUAUUUGACUCAUUUUGAAAAACAAAAAGAUGUAUCCGACUGUAUUCGAGUUUCUAAUCGUACAGUACGGUACAGUUCAUCGGUACUCAAUGACACGUGGUCGUCUCCGUUAAGUCAGCCACCGUUAUCCAACAUAUUAGUUAUUGUUCCUCGAUCGAUAGCAUACAUAGUGACGUAAACUACUUCACCAUUUAAAACCUUGUAAAGCCCAUACGUAUGUCAUUAUAAAUAUAAACAAAUGAGUGAAGGAUAACAAUUGAAAUUCCUGUAAGGUAAAAUUGGAAAUUCCCAUUAUUUCUAUGAGGUAUUAAAGGGCGAAUAACCUCUAAAAUCUAGAGUUGUCCCUUUUGAAACUGAAACAAGAGUUCAAAUUUUGUUUUUAAACAUACGUGAAGGUUAGGAUAAAUGCUAUCAAGCAAAAUCUCAAAGAUUUUUUGCAACGUUCCUUAGAAUUUUGAAAUAAUUUUUUUUUUGUUAAAGAUCCCUCCAGAGACCAGAUUGGGGGUUGGGUAAUAAUGAGAAAAAAAGAAGGAAGCCAUCUACAUGCAUAGGAGCCAAAAUGAUCAAUAAAUUGAUCGUGGGCCCUUAAGAUAUAGAAGAAGAAGAAGAGGAAUUAUUGAGGUAUUUUAAACAUCCUAGAAAAUCUAAACUUCGUACCACCAAGGUUGAUAAUGAUAUCCCAAGAUGCCUACACGCAGUGGCGUAGCUAGGGUUGGUGUCACCCGGUGCGGUCCGCACCGCAAACCCCACCCCCCCCCCACCCCAGCUACGCCACUGCCAACACAAAGUUAUAAAUUAUUUCUAUUUAAUAACUUUGUGACUAUUACCAGAAACGCUGAUAUCAGCAUCAUUCAAAUACAUUUUUAAAAAAAAUUCAAAGAGGGCCGGGGGGGGGGGAAGGGGGUUGUGUGGGAGGUGGGGGGCAUUUAAAAAUGUGUUGUGAAGAAUCAUGCCUGGCUGAACGGGAAAAAUCUGUUAGACAAUAAUCCUUCAGACAAAUGACACCACUCGAUUUCAUCGUCAUUUAAAAUACGUCUUGUCUUUUGUUGUUCCUCUCAUUUGAACUUGCGACACUUUAUUAUUUUGAAAAAAAAAAACGCUCAAUUCACAAGAAUAUUUAAUACAUUCGUUCUCAAACUAUUUAUCUUUAAGAUUUUAAUGCAACCAAGUGUAUGUAGACUCUCAAUAUUCUUUGUAUGGCGUAUUGUGUUGAACCGGACAUAAUUAUUUCUCUAAAUGCAUUUUUUUGUUUGUUGAAAGUCACAAAUUCAAAUGUUUUCGGUGCCGAUAAACAUUCCCAUUUUCAACGUUUGCUUAAACCAUUCGUUUGCUUCGCUAUCAGACCUGGAGCCACCGGCAGUAAAGACUGCUCACGGUUUAACGUUGGAGACCUUGUCGAGAUUAGCGUGGAGCCUUCAGCGUUACAGACUCUCCAGCGUGAGCACGGCGGACUUUGGGGGAACAUGAUGCAGGUAAUCAUUGGUUCAAAUCAAUAUUAGAGACAAAAGCCUGUUUUCCUUGGUACGUCAUUUUUUUUUUUACAUCACGCUCUCUCUAUCACACACGCACUGUCUCUCUCUCUCUCUCUCUUUCACUCUCUCUUUUUUUCUUUGUCUAGCUUUUUUUCUCGUUAUCUAUCUAAAAUUCUCUCCCCCUUUUAUCUUAUUUUUAGAUUUAUCAUUAUUUCCAACCCCCCCCCCCUUUUUUUUUCCUCUUUGUACUUAUGUUUAUCCAAGCAAACUGUUUAAUAUGUAUUUCUCGGUAUACGUGGGAUACUUAAAGCAGCUGUUUUUUUGGAUAUUUGGCGCCCCCGGCUGAAUCAAGCGUUCGUCCCUGAGAAACAUUACAAGUUUUCUUUAAGAUUCGAAGGUGCCAUCAACUAGAGUCUCUAGAGGCUUCUGCUAAUAAUAAUUCUUUUUAUUUUUAUUUUUGCACCAGGCCUACGAGAUGUUUCGUCCUAGCACAUAAAAUUCAAAAUUACAACAAAAAAAAAAACAAAAAAAACAACAAAACUACCGUUUACCGCAGGAAGAAAUCGUUGGAAAUGCACCCCCGGAUAGUGUUGAGUUGACAUUAAUUUAUUUGUCUUGCUCUCUGGCCCGAUUAACUCACAAUUUUGCCACAUUGCAACACGUAGAUAAUGCAUUUGAUAGAUUGAGUGUAUGUUCCUCUUUGAAAAUAUAUUGACCUGUCCGUUAAUAUUUUGCGCACCAAGCCAAGAACCUACUUACAAAACGCACCCUAUACAAUGUGUUCCAUUUUUUUCGCCUCCCCUUAAGCACCUCAGAGACGUCGGCAUAGUGUGUGACGUCCUCGGGGACGGUGACGUCAUGGUCAGAUUCGGAGACAAGGGACCGUUCAUUUUCAAUCCUGACAUUCUAACCAAGGUUCAUAAAACAUAUUAUUUAAAUAUUAUUUUACAAUAUGUAAAGUAAGACACAUUACUACAUGAAACUCAAUUCCAGCAUUAGAUUGUUAAUUAACGGCAUAAUCAGAAGCCCGUUUUUCUUUAAAGUUGCCACUUUUUUUUCAUAAGUUAAUUAUACACCGACAAAUUGUGUCCAUAUAAUAAUUUUUUUUCUAGCUUUUGAUGCCAAAACUCGCCCUCUUCUUUAUACUCGAAGUGCAAUCCGCAGCCAAAGUUUGCGACUCCUUAAAUGUCCAUUAAUCGCACCUUGACCCGCCACAUCCACCACCCCCCUCUAAAAAACAAACAAACAAACCCUUAACAAAUCGCUUCCUUCCCAAAUAUAACUUAAGUUUUUAAACUUAACAACAAGCUUAUAUUCCCCAUCCAGACUAAAUAUUCAUUAGGUGUUUCAUUUUUUUUUUCAUCUCACAUUCUCUCAGGUUUUGUUAGGUGACUCUCAGCCGGCAGGUAAAUCCGAGGCCGCCAAACAGAACAAGGAGCCCGCCCACAGCGCCAAGCCCCAGUGCACGAUAUGUCUGAUCAAGGAGGCUAGUGGCGCCAUCGUGCCGUGCGGACACGUCGCCUGCUGUUCUGAUUGUGUUAAACGUUUGAAAAUAUGUCCGAUUUGUCGUAGUAAAAUUGCCAGCUAUAUCCAUAUUUUCAUUCCAUGAGUUUUGACUUAAAAAAUUUAAAAACUUAUAUAUAAAUAUAUAUAUAUAUNUAUAUAUAUAUAUAUAUAUAUAUAUAUAUGAUAUUUUUCCAUAGUCGACUAGAGAUAACGCUGAGCAUUAUUCCCAGCCGACCGUGUAUAAUAAUUUUGCAAUCAUACUUAAGUCUGUUAAAAUUAAAACUAACUAUAGAUUCGAUACAGCCCAUAAUUCCGCUAAUUUUUUAUAUAAAUGUUUAUUAGAAACAUUUUUUUUUUGUUUACCUGCCAGCGGUAGUAAACCAUUUAUUGGCUGGAAAUAGCAUAGAGCUUUGUUCCUAGCCGACUGCGUACAGCGCCCCCUUUUAUUUGUUGGUUAAAAUGUCAUCUGUUCAACAAAAAAUUAUUCGCCUCUUAUCCAAACUGUCGUUCAGAAGUUGCUUUCCUGUUCUAUAUUUUCAUGGGUUUUUUUUUUUAAUGUGAAGCUCUGACGUUGUCAUCAUAACUCAACUCUUUUUAUCUUUAUAUUUAUCACGAUCGCCCGUGUUAUAUACAUGUAAAUCAAGAUGACAUUUUCCCCAAGACAAAUAAAACCUUCAGUUUAUUGUUAUUUACUUCUGAGUCACACUAAAUAAAAAUGUUCUCAGUU